CCCAAAAAUGACAUAUAAUUUCUUUCAUUUCCUUCAAACUUUUUUGGUCCAUUUUUUCCCUCUGAUAUAAGCUAUCAAAAAGUAGGAAAGUUUAAGCAAGCAAAACUAGGUACAAUGGGUACGCAAGCCAAAUCUAAGAUCCCGACAAUCGAGUUAUCGGAAGAAAAAUUGAAAGUAGGAAGCGAAGAAUGGGUGUUGAUUGGUAAAGAGAUACGAGUUGCUUUGGAAGAAUUUGGUUGCUUUUUGGUGGUUUAUGAAAAAGUUUCUUUGGAGCUCCAUAACUCCAUUUUUGAAGCAACAAAAGAGCUCUUCCAUCUCCCAAUUGAAACUAGGAUCCAAAAUACGAGUGAGAAGCCCUACCAUGGCUAUUUUGGGCGAUACUCCUUUCUUCCUCUCUAUGAAUCCAUGGCCGUGGAUAAUCCAACUUCUCUGCAAGCAAUUCAAACUUUCACCAAUCUCAUGUGGCCUGCUGGAAACAAAACCUUCUGUGAAACAGUUCACGAUUUCUCAACGUUGGUGGCGAAACUAGAGGAGACAGUUACAAGAAUGGUGUUGGAAAGCUAUGGAGUAUCGAAGCAAGUGUGUGAGUCGAGCAUUGAAUCCACGACCCACCUUCUUCGGUGUUUCAAAUACAGAGUGCCAAAGCAAGACGAAACCGAUCUAGGUUUACACUCCCACACGGAUCUCACAUUUCUUUCCAUACUUCAUCAGCAUCUCAUUGGCGGCUUGCAAGUUAAAUCACUUGACAACAACAACGACGGAGAAUGGAUCGAUAUCGACCCUGUCGGCCGCUCCUCGUUCAUCGUCAUGGCCGGCGAUGCACUCAUGGCAUGGAGCAACGACAGGAUUAGAGGCUGCAGGCACCGAGUGAUGAUGAGGGGGGAUGAAACCAGAUAUUCACUUGGCCUAUUUUCGUUCAAGAGUGGCACCAUUAGUGUGCCUGAGGAGCUAGUCGAGGACAACCAUCCCUUGAAAUACAAGCCCUUUGAUCACUUCGAGUUCCUUCGCUAUGACAAAGCAAAUGCUUCCCAUAAAACUUGCUCUCGUAUCAAAGACUAUUGUGGCAUAUGAUGUUUUUGAUUAACAGCUUGCUAAAAAUUUUAAAUUUGUUUGAUAAUCAUUUUGGUAUGUGGUUGAAAA